UCCAGGCCCCUGUCCAAGGCUUUGAGACAGACGUGGGGAACAUGACCACUGUGCACAUUACAUAUCCCGAGAUAGACAGCCCUCAGGAUCCUGGCGCCCAGCUGCUGCUGCUUCCUCUGAAUUCAUCUGGUCUGAAGUGGGUCAUGGAGGUCUCAGUGAUCAGCCUCAGCUUCCUCCAGUAUGUCCAGCAGAGAUGGCUGGGAAAAAACGAUCACUUUCCAUCCUUGGGGUUCAUAGCUCUGUUGUACGCCUUGCACGCCUGUGACCAGGUAUCCUUAUUUAGUUUGCGGACAGACCGGCUCAGCAGGUGGUCCCAUUACUGGGAUGAAGAAUAUUGGUUCAAGAGCAACAUGCACAGUUUUAAAGAAGAGCAACAGGUCAUUCUUAAGCUGCAGUGUGAGGGGAAGGUUGUUAUUUACAACUGAGAUGGUCCCCAGCCUAUUCAGCCCACUGGAGGCCCCAGGAGGCUGACAGGUAGUCAAGGGGACCUUGGAGUGUCAGAGAGGGACUGGGGCUUCAAACACACCCUGGAUGAAGGUCACUCUGCUACUGAAUAAAACCCUACAUUGUGGCAUUAA